AUGAAUUCGGAUGGAGCUGCGAAGGGGCUACAUUACAAGACCAUAACAGAAGAAUCAACAAGUACAACCACCGCCACCACUAUUGCCACCGCAACCACCACCGUCCCCUCACAAACACAGGUACAGGAAGAGGCUGAGCCAUUCACUCCAUACAUUCCUGACACGUAUUCUGUAGAUUACUUCACACUACCAGUUACUCACAUCCAGCUUACGGAGACAUUCCCACCGACCAGAGGGCCCAAUCGAGUGGGAUUGCUCCAGGUAGAUUGUCAUUGGAUGAGGCCUCGACAGCUCACUUCCUCUGAUACCUUUGAAGAUGGGGAUGAGGAUGCGGAUGAGGACGAGGAUGAGGACGAUGAUGAGGAUGAAGAGGAUGAUGAGGAUGAUGAUGAUAGGGGUAAUGGUCUAGAUGAUGGUUCAGCGCCUAGUGCAGGUACAACCACUAGCGAAAAAGGAAAAGGAUACAACCUUAGAGUUGAUCCCCCACGUCGGAGCACUAGUCGAUAUACCUGA